CUUUCAAGACUUAACGAUAGUGGUUUUGGUUUAGUUCAUUAUUUAGUUUGCAGUUUAUAGUGACUACUAGUGCUUGGAGUACUUGAAAAUGUCCUCUGCAGCCAAAAACAUCUACUACUCCGACAAGUAUACUGAUGAUCAAUAUGAAUACAGACAUGUUGUGCUCCCCAAAGAAAUGGUAAAGCUCGUUCCCAAGACUCACCUGAUGACGGAAGACGAGUGGCGAGGUAUUGGCGUUCAGCAGAGCAAAGGAUGGAUCCAUUACAUGACUCACCAACCAGAGCCCCACAUUCUUCUGUUCAAGAGACCGCUUCCUAAGGACUAGAACUGAGUCCAACUUCAGAUCUACUUCUCACUCCCCUUGUACAUAACUCUACACCAGUGGCCUCACGGUUGGCGUUGCGAAGUUCUGCUAUUUUAAAUCAAGUUGUAAUUUCCUUUCCUACGUAAUUUGUAAGGUUUUAAAUGUGAUAAGUGUGCCUUUUGUGGAAAAUUGUGAUUUUUAAAAUCUCUCCAUCACAAAGUCCUUAGUAAUGUGAUCUAAUUUUUUUGCAUCACAAAUUUUUAUAUAAUUUUUGUAAGCGUUCAUAUUUUUUAACGAUUUUUGAAACAUACGACUUUGAAAAUAAAUUUUAGAUAGCCUAAUGUACUUAGACCGAUAAACAUUUAAAUUGUAGUAAAAUUUGAUCACUCAAUGUUAAAUUUGGUAAAUUAGUUCUGUCAACGGAAUCAGCUGAUUUCCAGUUUGUAGGAUAAACUGUUUGAAACUCAGUUUAAAUUGUACAUAAUCAUCUUUGUGUCUUCUUUUGUACUUCUUUUGCUGUAUCGUGUAAACUGUAGCUAAUAAUGCGUUUUUGUAAAUAAACAGUUUUGAUUA